GAUCGAAAUAAAGGGAACAUAUCUAGUAGAAACCACACCCUUCAUGAAAACCUGUGCAAACCACGUAAAAAAGUCAUAUAAAUUCACCAAUAAAAUCACACGUAUAGAUAAUAUGAUGAUGAACAAUCUUGUAAAAUAUCUUGUCCAAACUCGACUUCGUUUGUGAGAUAUAAAAAUAACAAAUACCAAGGCUGAAAGUUGUCCAAAUGAUUUAUUAGAAUCUUUUAUUUUUAUAUCUCACAAACGAAGUCGAGUUUGGACAAGAUAUUUUACAAGGAUGUGUAUCAUCAUAUAUCAUCUACAUGUGUGAUUUUUUUUGUGAAUUUAGACGAAUUUUUAUUUUGGUUUGCACAGGUUUUCAUGAAGGGUGUGGUUUCUACUGGAUAUGUAACGAGCAACACACCACGCCCCGCUUCUGUAACCGACGUCCUCACCGACGUCGCCUCGACGUGCCGCGCACGAGUCCGACCCGGCCGCCGCCGCCGCCGCCACGCUCCUCCUCUCCCAAUCCUUCAACCUAUCUCCCGCGCAUUUAACCCCUCCGGCGGGCCGCCUGACCCGAGUCCUGAUAUACCCCGCCGCAGGGAACGGAGCAGAGCCUUGCAUAAAAGCCAUAACAGAUCGAUCGGACUCGGCAUGGACUUCUCCUCCGGCGACGUCAAGGCGGCGAUCAUGCGGCCCGCGGGUGUUGUGGUCGGUGGCGAUGCUGCUGCCGGGACGCCGGCGCUGGUGCGGGGGUGGUUUGAGUUCCAGAGGAGCGCCGCGCCGGCGAGGUUCCUCUGCUUUCACGAUGGGGGGUGGGUGGACGUCGACGGCGAGGCGGUCGGGCAGCUGCGCCGGGCGUUCCAGGACAGGAGGGCGAUGGUCGAGGCCGCGUGCGGGGGCAAGGCGUACCUGUUCGACUUUCUUCGCAUGGUGAGGAUCGACGCGGCCACCGGCGAGGAGGCCGCGCUGGGGUGGAUCGACGACCGCGGGGCCUGCUUCUUCCCGGCGCCGGACUGCGGCGGAGGCAGGAAGCGGAGGAGGGACGGCGCGCCGGCGGAGGACGAGGCUGAGUCCUCCUCGGGCGUCGACGAGCGCUCCGGGGAGAGCCGCGGCGCGGAAGCCGCCGCCAAGAGGAGGAAGGCGGGCGGGGCGUGGGGGAGCGCGGCGGCGCGGCUGGAGGAGAACGACAAGUACUACCAGGUCGUCAGCAAGCUCUUCCUCAGCUAUGGAAUGGCCAACCUCGGCGCGGCGAUCACCGCGGUCCGCAAGGUCGCGCAGGGCGCCAGGGCCAGGGCGUUCCAGCGGCAGGGGCAGCUCCUCGCCGCCGCGCGCGGCGACGCCGCCGGCACCCCCAAGUUCGCGUGGUACGGCGCGUCCGCGGAGGACGUGGCCACCGUGGUGGGCCGUGGCUUCGCGAGGACCAACGCGCCGCGGCUCGGAGCGCGCAAGCACGGCGACGGCCUCCACCUCUCGCCGCCGCAGUGCCCCUACUCGAGUGCAAUGCUGACCAAGGCCGACGGGAACGGCGAGGCACACAUCGUGCUGUGCCGCGUGCUGAUGGGCCGGCCGGAGGUUGUCCCGGCAAAGUCCUCGCAGUCCCGCCCCAGCAGCGACGACUACGACAGCGCCGUCGACAAGCAGGAGAAUCCGCAGUGGUACGUUGUCUGGAGCAAGGACAUGAACACGAGGGUCCUCCCCGAGUACGUGGUGAGCUUCAAGUGCCCCAAGCUGCAGCCGGUACAAGAAUCAUCGGAAGCGACCUCGAAGCCGAAGACGCCUUCGCCGGCUCGGGACAUGUUCCCGAGGCUUCUUGCUGAGAUCGAGCUGCUGGUGCCAGACAAGUGUGGUCUUUUGCAGGAGUACUACAGCAGCUUCAAGAUGGGGCAGCUCAAGAAAGACCAAUUCAUCCGGUUCCUUCGCAGUUACAUCGGCGACAAAGUGCUGACGACCGUGGCCAAGAAACUCCGAGGAUGCUAAGUUGCUAGUGCGCGGCGCAAGGUCUCUCUCCUUCCUGAUUUUGCCGUGGUGGUGGUGGUGGGUGGUGGUGGACGCGGUGGAUCUAUAACUCCAGCGAACGAUGCAGUACGUGCUAGCUGUGUGUACCGAGUAGAGGGGGUUUACUUUUGUUUCUGUCGCUUUAGUUUCCGUUGGUCAAGGGCGUAGAGGGGGGUUCGCAGCAAUGUUAUUCUUCCAUUAACCAACAGGAUAGACGCAGUUUCUGAUUUUCUGAGAUGUUUCAAUCCUUAUUUUUUUACUAGUGUUGUGUAACAUGUAAUCUGUAUAGACUGAAAAGAUUAAUGCAUGAAACCAUUGAAUCGUGGGCCGGCCAAA